CCACACCCAUGGCCCUAAAAGGAGAAAAAAAAAAAAAAAAUUUGAAGCCCUUGAAGAGCUUUGGUUCAUCCGUGUGAGUUAUACCUAUUGGUGUUUACUGUCAUAUGGACUAGAACUGUUAGGUUUAAAUAUUUAAUUCCUUUUAAAAUGAUAAUAAACCCAUGUUAGCAUAUUUUGUGGAAAAUAAUUGUGUAUUUUCCAAAACAAAAAAAAAAAUUGUGAGAAAAUGGCAUUGUUCUUCAUUUUUGCAAAUCUGUCAUGUGUGACUUAGUAGAAGGCAGCUGGGUUCUUGUAUCUGCUUCUGUAGUCGAUCUGUCAUGUUAGCACAUACCACAUAGUCACUGGAAAAGGCCGCUACAUACUCAUGAAAGAAUGAGAGUUACAAAGGCAAAUAAUGUCUCAGUGAUAUUAUGAAACUAGUUCUGAGCCUGUGGAUUCCGUGAAAGGGCCUCAGGGUCCCCGGACCACACUUUGAGAACUGCUGUUUGAGACCCACCUCCUCUUGGCCUGAAGGAACUUGUCCCCUGAGAACCUGAGUGAUUUGCCUAAAGCCACACAGCAAAUAAAUCGCCUCGCUGGGACCAUAAACCUUCUGCCUUCUGCUCUGAGGUUUUUUCCAGUACCCUUGGCUGGGCUAAGAUGGGGCCUGCUGGGCUUUUGGGAGUAGGACCUGGGCUUCUUGGCUGCAGAGCCCCUGGCAUGUGGCCCUAUAAAUAAACCCAUUGUGUCUGUGUUGGAGCCCCUUCCCUCUCCCCACCCCCAGCAGCUGCUUUUAUUGUUACUGGGUUGUGCCUUGGACAGGGAACUCGAAGGAUGGGGUGGGGGGAAGGGAAGAUAAGGGGUGUUGAACUCUGUAGGCCUUUUGGACUCCUAACACUGCUGCCCUUCCUCCUGCCUUUCCAGGCAGGGCCGGGACUGAUCCUACUGUCGGUUUGAAAGAACCUAUGCUAUGGUCUGGCGGUUCUUGGAGCGCCUGUGAAGAGGAAAUGGGAGGAAGGCUAUAGUGGGCCCCUUCCCUGUGGACACAUGCCUCUCAGAAGGGCUAUUGUGUCUUGGGGCCAGUUGUCAGGAGGAGGGAAGGAAAUUCUUGUCUGCCUCUUUCCCUGCGGGGUGGGGUGGGGGAAGAGCAGUUGAAAUGCUUAGGGCUGGAAGAUGCUUUAGGCCGGACUGCGGUGGUCACGUUGGGGCUCAGGAUGCACUGGGGCCUCGGUCCCUUCUCUUCUUCCCCACAUCCCAGGGCAGCCCAAGGCUGCUCUCGUCUGGAAAGGCGUGUUUGCUGUGGGUGCCGAAGCUGCUGUUUACAAGUGGACUUGGGUGUGACAGGGAUUCCAGAAAGCAGCUGGGGGAGGGGGGAGCAGAGGGAGGACGGUUGGUGUUAUGGAGGAUUCUGUUAUUACAGGGAGCUCCAUCUCUGCCUUCCCACAGCUGCCCACUCCUCCCCCAGCCCCCGGCCCCUGGCUCUUUUCCCCGGAGGCCUCUGGGGGGAACAGCUGGUGAGUGAGGGGGCUCAUCAGGGCCCGAAGGCCUUGGCUGAGGACCAGGGUAAGGGAGCCUGCAGGACAGGCUCCCUGCCAUCUCCCCGGCCCCUUCCUCCCGGGCCUAGACUCUGAGUUUAGGGAGGGGUCUUGCCUGUGCCCUGGCUGGGGAGGGGUGGGAGCAGCAGGCUCCCCUCCUUUGAUCCCGCUGCCUGACCAUCGAAAAAAGGCCAAGACCGUCUGAUCUUUGGGGUGGGGUCGGGGGUGCCGACCAGGCUGAGGAGAGAGGGGUCACUCAGAUUCACUCAGCGAUUGGGCUGAACCCGCCUCGCCACUGGUUACCCAGAGACCCCUGAACAGCUGUUCCCUUUCCCUGUCUCCUCUGAACGAGGGCCAGAGAGGCUCAGAGAGGCCGGGCUCUUCCUCGCUUCCCCUCCCUCCCUCCCCUCAGCACUGAGGUCACCUCCCUCUGAAUCAGCCCUUUGUGGGGGGCGGGGUUGCCCGUUGGCAGUUCUGGCGGGAGAAGCCUCCCCGAUUCAAGUUCAAGCUCCCACCCACUGCAGCUCGGUCCCUACCCAGCCUGGCCAGCAUCAUGUGUUCCAGACCCACAUCCAACAUCCGGGAUAUUUUGUGGGACCAUCAGAGGAAUGCAUGAAACCAGGGCCAUCCUGAAAAACCCAGGCCAGGGGUUUUCCUGGGCCCCAGGUGGGGCUGAGCACAGAAGCUGCAAGGUGACCAUUCUGGCUGCUAGCGUGAGUGUGCCAGCCUGGGUGAGGAGGCAGAGACAGCCUGCCAGGGCUUCUCUCACUUGCCUGAUGUCAGAGGCCAUGGACCAGCCGGCUGAGAGCCCUGGAAACCCGAAGCCUGGAGAGGGUGGUGAUGACAGCAUGGAGCCGGGUACCUGCCAGGAGCUCUUGCACCGGCUGCGGGAGCUGGAGGCAGAGAACACGGCGCUUGCCCAGGCCAACGAAAACCAGCGGGAGACCUACGAACGCUGUCUGGACGAGGUUGCCAACCACGUGGUGCAGGCACUGCUGAACCAAAAGGACCUGCGGGAGGAGUGCAUCAAGCUGAAGAAGAGGGUGUUUGACCUGGAACGGCAGAACCAGAUGCUGAGCGCGUUGUUUCAGCAGAAACUCCAGCUCACGGCAGGCUCCCUCCCUCAGAUCCCACUUGCCCCACUCCAGCCGCCGUCAGAGCCCCCAGCCUCCCCGUCCCUGAGCUCCGCCGAGGGACCGGCCACCUCGCUGCCUCUGGGACGUUGUGCUGGACAGAGAGAGGUGUGUUGGGAGCAGCAGCUGCGGCCCGGAGGCCCAGGACCCCCAGCCGCCCCUCCCCCAGCGCUGGAUGCCCUAUCCCCGUUCCUUCGCAAGAAGGCCCAGAUCCUGGAGGUGCUGAGAGCCCUGGAAGAGACUGACCCCUUGCUCCUCUGCUCACCUGCCACCCCCUGGCAGCCUACAGGCGAGGGCCCCGGCUCCCCAGAGCCCAUCAACGGCGAGCUGUGUGGCCCGCCCCAGCCUGAGCCCUCUCCCUGGGCCCCCUACCUGCUGCUAGGUCCUGGUAGCCUGGGAGGCCUGCUGCACUGGGAGCGCCUCUUGGGGGGCCCAGGGGAGGAGGAGGGUGCUGGGCGGUCAUGGGGCCCUGGUCGGGGCUCCCUGCAGGCCCAGGGCACAGGUUCUGGGCCUCCCUGUGCCCCAGGCAGCAGCUCCUCCUCCUCUUCUGAUGAGGCAGGUGACCCCAAUGAGGCCCCCAGUCCUGACACCCUGCUUGGGGCCCUGGCCCGAAAACAAUUGAACCUGGGCCAGCUCCUUGAAGACACAGAGUCUUAUCUACAGGCCUUCUUGGCCGGGGCUGCUUGCCCACUCAGCGGGGACCACCCGGCUCCCAGGCAGCCAUCCUCCCCAGACCCGGGGCCCCCGCAACUGUCCAAGUCCAAAGGCCUCCCCAAGUCAGCUUGGGCCGGGGGUACCCCAGAGGCCCACAGGCCGGGCUUUGGUGCUACCUCAGAGGGCCAGGGGCCCCUCCCCUUCCUCAGCGUGUUCAUGGGUGCAGGGGACGCCCCCCUGGGUGCUCGGCCUGGCCACCCCCACUCCUCAUCUCAGGUGAAAAGCAAGCUCCAAAUUGGCCCCCCUUCUCCUGGGGAAGCCCAGGGACCCCUUCUGCCCUCUCCAGCCAGAGGUCUCAAGUUUCUAAAGCUGCCUCCAGCCUCAGAGAAGGUCCCUAGCCCAGGGGGCCCCCAGCUCAGCCCCCAGCUCCCCCGGAACUCUCGAAUUCCCUGUCGGAACAGUGGUUCAGAUGGCAGCCCCUCCCCGCUCCUGGCCCGCAGGGGUCUGGGCGGAGGAGAGCUGUCCCCAGAGGGGCCACAGGGUCUGCCCACCAGCCCCUCACCCUGCGUCACAACCCCGGACUCCGCACAGCUCAGACCUCCCCAGCCAGCCUUGCCCACUGCGCUUUCCCCGGGACCAGUGGUGUCUCCUUGCUAUGAGAACAUUCUGGACCUUUCCCGGAGCCCCUUUAGGGGGCCUUCCCCAGAGCCACCUCCAUCCCCCCUGCAGGUGCCCACCUACCCCCAACUAACUCUGGAGGUGCCCCGGGCCCCUGAGGUCCUCAGGAGCCCUGGAGUCCCAUCCAGCCCUUGCCUCCCAGAAUCCUGCCCCUAUGAGAGCACCCAAGAGAAGAGUUUGGACAAGGCAGGCUCGGAGUCUCCCCAUCCUGGCCGCAGGCCCCCAGGCGGCUCAUCCAAGAAGCCUGGCCAGGGGGCAGGGCGGCGACCUGGGGAUCCUGGCUUUACCCCCUUGAGGGACAGACUGGCAGCCCUGGGCAAACUGAAGACUGGCCCCGAGGGGCCCCAGGGCCCAGAAAAGAAUGGGGUGCAAACCAGGCCUGGUACAGAGAAGGCCCGGGGAGCAGGAAGGUCAGGGGAGAGUCCUGGGGACAUGGUGCCCCCUGCCUCCAGGCCCCCUGAGCCACCAGAAGUCAAGGGGGCCCUGCGGGGGGCAGUGGCCUCAGGCACAAGCAGCCUGAAACAACAGGAACCUGGGCUCCUGGGAGACCCUGGGGCCCGCGUCUACUCCUCCCACUCCAUGGGGGGCCGGGUGGACCUGGAGCCUAUCUCACCAAGGAGCUGCCUCACCAAAGUGGAGCUGGCCAAGAGCCGGUUGGCAGGGGCCCUGUGUCCCCAGGUACCCCGCACCCCUGCCAAAGUGCCAACCUCAGCCCCCAGCCUGGGCAAGCCCAAUAAGAGCCCCCAUGGCAGCCCGACAAAGCUGCCUUCUAAGUCACCCACCAAGGUGGCACCCCGACCUGUGGGCCCACCAGCCACCAAGGAGGCCCCCAAGGCGGACAAGGGGAAGGGCCCGCCUUGGGCAGACUGUGGCGGGACGGUGGCCCAGCCUGCACCCCCAGCGCCUGGCCCUGCCGACCCCAGCCCAGGCCCCGAGGGGCGGCCCCCACACUCAGCCAUCGAGGAGAAGGUGAUGAAGGGCAUCGAGGAGAAUGUGCUGCGGCUUCAGGGCCAGGAGCGGGCGCCCAGCACCGAGGCCAAGCACCGCAACACCAGCAGCAUCGCCAGCUGGUUCGGCCUUAAGAAGAGCAAGCUGCCAGCGCUGAACCGCCGCACAGAGGCCACCAAGGGCAAGGAAGGGGCCAGCGGAGGCUCCCCGCUCCGGAAGGAGGUCAAAGUGGAAGCCCGGAAGCUGGAGGCCGAGAGCCUCAACAUCUCCAAGCUGAUGGCGAAGGCGGAAGACCUGCGCCGGGCGCUGGAGGAGGAGAAGGCCUACCUGAGCAGCAGGGCCCGGCCGCGGCCUGGAGGCCCAGUGCCAGGGCCCACUGCAGGCCUGGGGCAGGUGCAGGGCCAGCUGGCCGGCAUGUACCAGGGGGCGGACACCUUCAUGCAGCAACUGCUCAACAGGGUGGAUGGCAAGGAGCUGCCCCCUAAGAGCUGGCGGGAGCCCAAACCUGAGUAUGGUGAUUUCCAGCCAGUGGCCUCUGACCCUAAGAACCCCUGGCCAGCCUGCGGGCCCCGAAAUGGCCUGGUGGGCCCACUUCAGGGUUGCGGAAAACCUCCUGGGAAGCCAAGCAGCGAGCCAGGGAGGCGGGAAGAGAUGCCCUCAGAGGACAAUCUGACCGAGCCAGUGCCCACGUCACACUUCACAGCCUGUGGCUCUUUGACUCGAACCCUGGACAGUGGCAUUGGGACCUUCCCACCCCCAGACCAUGGCAGCAGUGGGACCCCCAGCAAGAAUCUGCCCAAGACCAAGCCACCUCGGCUGGAGCCCCCGCCCGGGGUGCCCCCAGCCCGGCCCCCACCGCUUACCAAAGUCCCCCGCCGUGCCCACACGCUGGAGCGUGAGGUGCCCGGCAUAGAGGAGCUGCUGGUGAGCGGGCGGCACCCCAGCAUGCCAGCCUUCCCGGCCCUGCUCACCGCUGCUCCCGGCCACCGGGGCCAUCAGACCUGUCCCGACGAUCCCUGUGAAGACCCAGGCCCUCCCCCUCCUGUCCAGCUGGCUAAGAACUGGACCUUCCCCAAUGCAAGGGCAGCCGGCGGCUCCUCUGACCCUUUCCUGUGCCCUCCCCGGCCACUGGAGGGGCUACCCAGGACCCCCAUGGCCCUGCCCGUGGACCGCAAGCAGAACCUGGAGCCCAGCAGGCCAGCCCCUGCGCUCCAGGGCCCGGCGUUUGGGGGCAGCCGCACCCCCAGCACAUCGGAUGUGGGCGAGGAAGGGAGAGUGGCCAGCGGGGGCCCCCCGGGGCUGGAGACCUCGGAGUCUCUCAGUGACUCGCUCUACGACUCGCUGUCCUCCUGUGGGAGUCAGGGCUGAGCGGCUGCGCGUGCCUCGGCCCUCUCUGGACUCGGAGAGCGCGGACUGGACCCGCUCUCCUUACGCCCGCCCCCUCGGGGCCCGCGGGGCCCCUCCCCAAAGGGACCAAGGAGGCAGAUGGACAGGAAGGGGAAGGGGGUCCCCGGCACACCCCGCUGCCCGCCGCCGCCGCCGCCGCCGUGGAGGAGAUGACCGCUCUCAGCUCAGGGAGAGACCCCACCCUUGGUCCCUUCUCUCACCCAGAGUAAGGCUCUUCUUCUGAGGGACUGGGGCUUCCAGGCCGCUGUGUCCCGGCCCCCAGCUCCUGCUUCAGACUGAGCCACCUUGUGGUGCUGGGCUUCUGCCCACCGGCCGUGCCAUCUCACCCACCCUGGCGGCUCCCCCUGCCCUGGAGCCCCCGCUGGUGCAGUCUAGGAGCGAGGGGUCAAGUUGCCUUCUGUCUGUGUCUGCCCCGGUCCUCCCAGAUGUCUGGAUGGUGCUGCCCUCCCCUGCCCCGUGUCUUUGGGGUCCAUUUGUCUUUUUUUUUUUUUUUUUUUUAAUUAAAGCUCCUGGCCCGGUCCCACCCCACUAUCCCCGCACUGCGGUUAAUUUAUCUGUCGUUUAAAAUGCGGCUGCUCUGCUUCCAGCCUCUGCUUCUGCCUAUCCCUAAUAAAAUGUGGAGGCCUCUCCCUGCCCAGA